AACCUGGCUGUCCUGUCAACACCUGACACAACCCUUCCCUGGGGCUCUGUGCAGAGGGUGUCUGUGACAGAACGCCAGGAGGCCAGAGCCAGAAGACAGACCACAGCCAUGAACAUUAUCCUGGAUCUCCUCCUGCUUCUGAUCACCAUCAUCUACUCCUACUUGGAAUCGUUGGUCAAGUUUUUCAUUCCCCGGAAGAGAAAAUCUGUGGCUGGGGAGAUUGUCCUUAUUACCGGAGCUGGGCACGGCAUAGGCAGGCUGACUGCCUAUGAGUUUGCGAAGCAAAAAAGCAGACUGGUUCUGUGGGACAUUAACAAGCGUGGUGUUGAGGAGACUGCAGCAGAAUGCCGAAAACUAGGGGUCACCGCACAGGCGUUCGUAGUAGACUGCAGUAACAGAGAAGAGAUUUACCGCUGUGUGGAUCAGAUAAAGAAAGAGGUGGGUGACGUGUCCAUCGUGGUGAACAACGCUGGGACCAUAUAUCCCGCCGACCUCCUCAGUACCAAGGAUGACGAGAUUACCAAAACCUUUGAGGUCAACAUCCUAGGACAUUUUUGGAUCACAAAAGCACUUCUUCCACCGAUGAUGAAGAGAAAUCACGGCCACAUUGUCACAGUGGCUUCAGUGUGCGGCCACGAAGUGAUUCCUUACCUCAUUCCCUAUUGUUCCAGCAAAUUCGCAGCUGUUGGCUUUCACAGAGCUCUCACAGCAGAACUUAAAGCCUUGGGGAAAACUGGUAUCAAAACCUCAUGCCUUUGCCCUGUUUUUGUGAAUACAGGGUUCACCAAAAACCCAAGCACAAGAAUAUGGCCUGUGUUGGAGACAGAUGAAGUUGUAAGAAGUCUGAUAGAUGGAAUACUUACAAAUAAGAAAAUGAUUUUUGUUCCGUCGGGCAUCAGUUUCUAUCUAACACUACUGAAGUUUCUUCCCGAACGUGCCAUAGCAGCUCUACAGCACAUACAGGAUAUUCAAUUUGAAGCAGUGGUUGGCCAUAAAACUAAAAUGAAAUGAAUAAAUGAGCUCCGGUGAGAAACAUAGGCACGUUAAUGAUAGGACGCUAGAGUCUAUGCUUUAAAGCUUCAUUUCCCACUUGGCAGUGCUGAUAAUAGUGAAGACAUUGGUGUGACAUUGGUGGCAGUCCAGAUGAACAAGACUAACAACCUCUCUUUCUCUUUCUGAAGGACAUUAAUGUAGUUUCUAGAGAGUUAAUUUUAUUCUUUGCCUUUUAAAAACUUCUAUGCUGGGACCAGCAGUUGGCGUAAUGGCUAUGUCACUGGACUCCCA